AUGAGUUUUACUGUUACGAAUGAUGCUUUGAAGACGAAAGGUUUGAGGAUGCAAAAUUCUUCCACAGUCGUCGGGAAAAGAAUAGGGCAAAAACGAGUUACGUUCGUCUCUGACGAGAACAGGAAUGCGAAAGCGAGAACUGGAUCGAGAGGAAUACCAAUAAAAGCGGCGAAACGAGGAGGAGGCUCGGGCACGCGACCGUACACCUUACGCUCCGGGGACACGCUCGAAUCCAUCGCGAGUAAACGUAAACUGAACGUGGAAACGUUGAGAAACAUGAACAAAAAAAUCGGCUCGGGCACACCGAAGAUUGGGCAGACUAUUUUAAUACCGAGCGGCGCGUUAAGCGCGAGAGAUUUAGAAAUCAUCAACGGGAUCGCGAAAAUCAACGCACCGAGAACGUACAUUCCGAGGAAAGGAGAAACGAUCGGGGACGUGAUCACGGCGAGAAAAAUUGAUUUCGCCGAGGUGCAAAAGUUAAACCCGGAGGUAAAGUUAGGGACGUUUUCCGGGAAGGAGAGUUUGAAGUUACCCGCGGGAAAGUACACCGUGAGAGAAAGAGAAAUGUUGCAAGGAUGCGGGAUUUUACCGCAAGACGCGGUAUCGAUUAAACUCCCAGGCGCGGAAAGCGCGAGGAAUAUUUUAGUCGCGACGGUAUUAAUCGGCGCGUAUUCCAUGUAUUUCGCCGCCUGCCGGAGGUACCAAAAGUACGGCACGAAGUUGUUCGGAAACGAUCGCGAGGAGGAUAAUCAAGAUUAA